AUGGUCCUUCGUCAGUGCUUGGCUUGUAAUUCAAUGGUAAGUCUGAAACGUUAUCUUUUAAUACUAUAUUGUAAUAUCAGCGAAAUUUUGCCAAUCUAUUGUUUCUCAUCCCGGAUUGAUCAAAUUUAAUCAAUAUUCAAUCAUUGCUUGUUUGAUAAAAACGGCUAUAUUUCGUCACACAACAUCUAUAGUGCUGCCUUAAUGAGCGUAUAUUCAUGAUUUUGACGAGAAAUUAAUUUGGUUGUGGAAUCCAUUUAUUUUUAUUAUUAACUGCGUUAAAAUUUAUGGAACUAAAAGCGGUUCGAUUAACGUUCGUGAAGGCCAGUUUGCAUUUAUGGAGAUAUAGCAGUAAACCGGCGCUGUAUUCUCACUACAGUAGAACUAAAUCUCCUAGUAUCAGAUAAUCUGACUAAUUCUUCAUUCAACCAACUCACCGCAAUUACCACACCUGUAGAAAAGGGAAACUAAAGCAGCUUGAUUUUUUUUUUCAGUAAGAAACCUAUUUUUGCGGCCAGGCUUGCACUUCCUGUUGAGAGUUAUUGUAUCCUGUUUUAACUAUCGAGUAUCUUAGUUUAAGGGUCGUCCAUUUGACAUUGUCCAAUGUUGCAUAUCAUGCCGUUCAGAGGGCCAUUGUAUCUUCCUGCAAAAAGGCUGCAAAUAUUCUACCCUUUAUUGUCUAGUUAAAAUAAGAUAUUGUACUUAUAUUUUUGACAUACUAAGAAGCAAUUCCAUUCCACAGUUAAACUGAUCCUCUUCCGCAUUCCUUCUCAGUAUCAUAUAAAGAAAUGGAAAAAGAAAUGAACCUCGCUACGAUCCUUUACUUUCACUUCCGUGUCUAUCACUUCCGGUAUAACUCUUGAACCUUUAAUAUUACGAUUAUUAUGAUUUUCUUGAUUUAAAAGCCGAGUUGUCUCAGUAAAUUAUAAUUAUUAUUUUUGUUAUUAUUAUUAUGUCCAUUCCUUGUAGACUCAGGCAAGAUGUUCGCCUGGUUAAUAGUCCUUGGGAGCGGGUUAUAACAGUCACCACGGAUCCCAGGUCUCUCUUUUCUUACAGGGACAGUACUUUCCUUAGUAUCUUUGCUGUCCCCAACAAUACUGUUUUCUUAUUGUUGUUGUUAUUCUUAUUAUUGUUAUUAUUUUCAUUGAAAUUUUCCAGAGGAAAUGAAUUAACUAUCCAACUACAAUCAACUAAGGAAGUUAUAAAUGGCAAUUUUAUCCGGUGUACAAUUCGUUUCAGUUUGCAUGCACAUCCGGGUAGCAAUCGCGGAAGUCGGUUACAUUACUGACCAUGGCAUGGUAAAUGCAAUGUUAAUCUCUUCUCCCCAGAUGACGGAAUCUUGCCGAUCAUGCCAAUGUGGUCACGUAUUUGAGGACACUAAACAAAUUGCUGGAAGAAGAUUCUCAGGUAUGAAUUAUAUAUUUCCCACAGUAGUAAGAACCAGCGGUUUCAGAGAUGAAAUUCGUGAGUGCGAAUUGGUAUCCUAUUCAUUUGUUUCAUUUCAUCUCCUACGUCAAGAAUCUUUUGAUAUCGUUUCGUUCAAAGUUCACUCACAGCAAUUUGAUACACCGCUAGCUUUACUGACGAGAAACUCACUUAUGAAAAACAAAACAAGGAGUUGUAAGGCUAGCCUGCAAAAACAGCCAUCUCUCGGCCUUGCUCGUCAUCGCUAGGGACGUUUCGCCAGGACAGUCUCUGUUGGCGAAACGUCCCUAACAGCGAGGGGCAAGGAGAGAUGGCUAUUUCUACAGGUUACUGUGAGGCCGAACAACGCGAAACCCUCACCAGUACAGAGUUGGGAAGUCUAAUUAUAUGGUAACGGCUUUGAGUGUUGAGACACAAAGAGGAGUGAGGAAGUGCAGGGGCACCCAACGGGAAAUUUUGAGAAAAAGACCUAAAAACAACAACAAAGCGUGAAUAAAGUUUUCUGAGACUAUUUUAAGCGUUUUGGGAGAUUGCUGGAAAAAAAUUAUCUGUUCCUCACUCCCAGCAAUACUGAUGGAAGAGUUCCCAGCCAGCAACCUUACUACCUGCAACCUGACUUACUGGGAAGUUUCAUAGGGCACAAUUCAGAUCUUGAGUGGUAAGUAACCCAUACAAGUAACCCGUAGCAGCUAUUCUAGACUUCAAAUCCCCUCUGACACCCUGAAUUAUCUUUUUCCCAGCAACACUUUUCUUCCAAGGACUAUUAUUUCUUUCACAUCUCCCAGCCAGCAAAAAUGUGCCUGAAGAACAGAUAUUUUGAGGAACAGAUCCAUUGGGUGCCCCUGGAAGUGAGUAGUUCGGGGAGAGUAUCAGAGAGUAUGCCGUUUUUGGUAUAUUUGUAGCGCCAGUCCACGUCGUCUUCUUCUACAGAGGAGCUUUUACAGCCGCCUAUUCGUCUAGAUAAGCAAUAAUUUAUUUAAUUGGCUAGCCUAAUUUAAAUGCGUAUUUUCAGAGUACCGUGUUGAGUUGUACACACGUCUGGAAAACAGAAGAGAAAAGCAACUGACUAAGCAAACGCGGAAAGCAAUCAAACAAGAAUCUGUGCCACAGCCAUUAAAAGAACGUAAGGUA